GCAGAACGGUGCAGAAAACAAAAAACAGUCCUGCACAUGCAAACACCUUGUCGAUGAGAAAGAUCAACCAGUAACAGCCAGAUUGGUUAGAGCUGACAGAACGACUACAGUAACUCGGAUAGCACAGUGCUCGUUGCACCUUAAACCAGUUGGACUGCAUCAGGAGAUGAUCGUGACUGGUUCCACGGGUUCCAGGAACAGAAAGCUGACCGGAUUCCCAAUGUUGAGGAACACAAAUGAUUGAAACUUGCGUUGUGUACACAGUUUAGGCUGGUGGGGUUGUGUUAUGAUCUGGGGAAUUAUUUCUAAUUAGAGUUUUGUUGAUGACCAGGUUCAUCCUACCCUUCAGUUUACCAUCUUCUAACCUUUAGCAUGAUAUCGCAAUGUAACACACAGCAAAAACGGUGGUUCGGAUCAUGAGCAUGCACCUGAAACAAUCAGGAAUUGCGUGAUGUGCUCAUAAUCUCAAGAUCGAGCAGGAACGUGUCCAAAUCACGUGUCGUGUUUCUGUGUGCUCAGUGACAUUACUCAUGAACAUGCUGGAGAUGUUUUUUGUUAUUAUUGUUUCAUUAAAUUGCAUUAGAUGGAGCUCAUUCAGCAAAAUACAUUCUACUGUUGUCCAUUACACUAUUCUUGAUUAAUCUUGGAUUGUGAUUGGUCAGAAGGCGGGGAUUAAUCUCUGUAGUGCAGGAUUAAUAAUAUUCCAAUCUCUAGCAUAUUUAAGAUUUGCUGCUUCAUGGAGGAGAGGGUGACCUUCUACACCGAGCUAUUUAAAUCUGUGAAAGGCAAACUAACGCUCAGGUGAUCCAAGGUAAUUUGACCCAGACAUCCAAAGACGUCCUGUACAUUUGUGUGCCUUCAACCUUGUCGUAUCAGUUUGGGCAAGAACUAAUGGGAAAAUGUCAGGUGUCCCAAUACUUUUGAUCAUGUAGUGUGUAUUUAUGUUUGAUCACUGCUUUUUACAGACUUUUUUUGGCUGAUGAUAGAUUAAUAAUGGAAAAUAAAGAGAUAAUAGGAUGCUCUAUAGGUCCUUCUAAGAGUUAAAUUCGGUUCCUUGAAGGUUCCUUGGAUUGCUAAAGGUUCAGUGAUUCGGCCAUAUAUGAAGAGCAAAUAGAUUUCCAAGUAUGCACCCAAUCCUGCUCAAAAAGCCAAUAAACGUGACAUGAUAAAUGUGUCAUUAAACAAAAUGAUGGACAUAAUUGAGGUUUUUAUGGAAACGCCUUGUUACAAGCCUGAAAAGUACACUGUAUUUAAAUGCAGGUGAUUGAUUUAGCCUUCUACACACAGCUACAAAAUCCUGCUCCAUGUUCCAUGGGUCUGUUGCUCCUUCAGGAAUGGAGGAAUGAACACUUCUUUUAGCAAAAAUGUGCAAACUCAUCAACCUGCUAAUUCUCUGAGCUGGAGUUCAGCCAGUAAAAGCUGUGAGGUAAGAACCAGGAAGGCCAGAACAGUGCUGUAGGUCAUGCAGUACUCUGCAGUUCUUCCUCCUCUAUAUAUAACAAGGAGAACAAAAUAUGUGGGGUGUGUGUGUCUCAAACUUGUAACAGCUCAUGACGGUCCAUCCCAUAUGACCUUAAAACACCACUGUCCUCAAGUUCAUAUUUGGUCAUGUGCUUGAUUGAUUGAGAGAAAGUGGUAGUUUGAGCGUGAUCCCGGUUCUCUUCACAAGUCCCGGUGUAUAUGUAAAAGUUGAUUUCCGACUCCAAAAGACUGUAGUAGUGGUUGCCAGGUCUUUGAGCUGCUGACUACAUUUUCGGACCUGGAAGCGAACAUAUACACCGAGAAGGCAUAACAUUAUGAUCACCUGCCUAAUAUUGUGUUGGUCUCCUUUUGCUGCUAAAAUGGUUCAGCAUGAACGACUUCAGCAGUUUCAGCUACGGGAGCUCGUCUGUUGGAUCAGAACCACACAGACCAGCCUUCGCUCCCCACGUGCAUUAAUGAGCCUCGGCCACCCACGACCCUGUCGCUGGUUCACCACUCUUUCUUCCUUGGAACACUUUUGACAGAUUUUGACCACUGCACACCAGAAACAACCCACAAAAGCUGCAGGUUUGGAGAUGCUCUGACCCAGGCGUAAGAAUUUGUCCAAUUUGCUCAAAUCCUUAUGCUUGCCCAUUUUUCCUGAUUCUAACACGUCAUAAUGUUCACUUGCUGCAUAAUGAAUCCCACCCACUAUCAGGUGCCAUGAUGAAGAGAUAAUCAGUGUUAUUCACAGGCCUCAGGACCAAUUCCACAGAGCUGCUAUAUCAUAGGAUCAGAUGGGAAUUCAGGCAAAUUUAAGACCAAUGUAAAAAAAAGUAAAGCAGCAUAUGUUGAAAAUAACUUUAAACCCCCUGGCUGUGAAAAGUAAUAAAUAAAUCGGGCAGAUGCAAACUAUGCAUUAUUUUUAGUUGCAUGACCUUGUCUUUGACCUUUCAACUUUAUCCAUAGUGAUGGAGAAUCGCUGAACUCACGAAAUCCACCCGGGCAGACUGGGAUACAGAUAGCCAAUCAGAAUGCAGGAUUUAGCCAUACUAGCCAAUCAUAGCUGGGAGGCGGGGCUUGUCAGAAUGCGGAUGUGGGGAGGAAAAUACCGCGUCCGGAGCUCGGGGGAGUCCAAGAUGGCGUCGAUGCAGAAAAGAUUGCAGAAGGAACUGUUGGCGCUGCAGAAUGAUCCGCCGCCGGGGAUGACGCUGAAUGAACGAAGUGUUCAGAAUACCAUUACAGAGUGGUUUAUAGAUAUGGAAGGUGCCUCCGGAACCCUGUACGAGGGCGAGAAGUUCCAGCUCCUCUUCAAGUUCAGCAGCAGAUACCCCUUCGACUCUCCUCAGGUCAUGUUCACCGGCGAGAACAUCCCGGUACAUCCGCACGUCUACAGCAAUGGACACAUCUGUCUGUCCAUUUUAACAGAGGACUGGAGUCCAGCUCUGUCCGUCCAGUCCGUGUGUCUCAGCAUCAUCAGCAUGCUCUCCAGCUGCAAAGAGAAGCGACGUCCUCCUGAUAACUCCUUCUACGUACGAACGUGUAACAAAAACCCAAAGAAGACAAAGUGGUGGUAUCACGAUGACACGUGUUAGCAGUGCCUGGGCACGUGUUGGCGGACUCCAGGUUAUUAACACGUUGUUGGACGGUAAACCUGCACUUUUUCGGAUCUUCAGUCUCGGCUUUGGAGAAACGGCGUGUUGUGAGCGUUACACUUCAGCAGGCUGAAAACAAUCCUGACCAAACUCCAGGAACGUGUAAAACUCCACACGUGAACUCCGAGCAGCAAUGAAGACGUGCAUUUAAAAACGGCGGAAUUCGAAUCGGAUCUCUUUUUUUUAUUUCUUUCCCACUGACGCGCCGGGACCGGUGCCGGUUCUGGGAAACGAGAAAGGUGGCGUUUUACUUCGUCCUUGCUGACGUGAGAAGCGAGCGCUAGGUGACGUUUAUCUGGAUGAAAUAUCUUUUCAAAAUAAAACAUUUUAGCGACGCACGAACCUCAACCUCCGAUCUGCUACUACAGUAACUAAAUAUACUGUCAGAUCAUCGCCAUGGCAACAAAAGGGUCACGCUCACACCUUGUUGGUUCCUCGUUUUUAGUUUGGAUUCGUACAUGGCGUUUGUGAAUAAGCUCCGCCCCCAGGACCGGCAUCGUCACGCAGCGUCAGUGGAUAAGCGGCGUUUUAAAAAAAAAACCCUUUUCAGAUUGACGUUUUUGCUCAAUAAUUAUUUCAGCAUGUUGAAGAUCAUAAACUUAUAAUUAACAUUUUCCUGCUCAA